CGAAAAAAAGUCUGUCUGGUAUACAUUUCUGAUAAGAAUGCAAUAAACAAUUGGCUCCUUACAACUGCGAUGAAUCGAGGCGGUUCCUAAAUCAAAGAAUUCUAAAUCAAAAUAAUCAAUUAAGGCUCUAAUGGAAAUCGCCAUGUAGAGCUAAGCCGGUGCCACCGAGUGUCAGAAUGGAGCAAAAAUCAAAAGCCACUGCUAAGCGGGGAAAACAAAGCCGCUUUUAAGUCUGGAAGAGAUUAGGGAUUAACUCUAUAAUGUCCAACGACGUGCAAGUGGCAAGAGUGGCAAAAAUAGCCACUGAUGUGCCUCGACGCAGCGGCAAAAGGGAUUCCUGUGGUUUUCAGGGGAAACAUUCGGGCAGUGCGUCUGGAGAGGAUUUCGAGUAUGUAUUUGGGAGUAUUUCGCCCAGAGGAGGUCCGACCACAAGGCACCUGGUCGGAUCUUAUAAUCUAGACUCCCCGGAGGUAUCAAAUCGCGACACAACUGCCACCGAAAGCGACAACAACAUAUCCAGCUGCUCCACGCUGGACAUUGUCAACAAAGUGGAGCAGUUGUCGGUCCAGCAGUUGGAAAACAGGGUUCGAGAGCUGACCCAGCGACUGCAGCAGGCGGAGCGACAGCUAUCCGAGAGCAAUGCGGAGAGGGAGAUGUGCCACAAGCGGCUGGAGGUGGUGAGUCAGGCGCAUGAGUGCCGCAUCACCGAGAUGCACUGCGUCAUUGCGGAGCUAAGCAAGAAACUGCGAAGCAAGCAGGAUCACAUCAUUGUGGAGGAGCAGGAACCGGAUGGCAGUGAAUUAAGUUUUCAGGAAGGUUCUAUUUACAACUCGGAACUGAAUCUGACCAAUCCCGAUGCCGAGUGCCAGACAGAACCACUCGAGGACCUGGAAGGCGCCUGCAGUGCUGCCAGUCGAGACAACAUCAUCCCCAAGACCCAAGAAAUCAGUCACAAGGGCCAGGUGGAGGCGCUGCAGGAAGAGGUGCUGCACUUAAGGGGCCAGAUUGCACUUCUUCAGUCUGAGAUUGCCACAAAGGACAACGCAGUGGUGGAGGAACAAACUAAAGUGUCCUUCUUUGGCUGCGAAUCGGAGGUAAACGAUGGUGGGCAACGACUCAACGAUUUAAAUGCUUGUGUUUCCCUGACGAGCCCCCAGAAACGAGUGCCUGCUGUGCCCAAAAUGGCAGAAAGAGUGAAGUUGCGGUGUGCCAGCAAGAAUGAAAGCAGCGAGGACCCUCCCGACAACGAGCACAUUAAUCUCGUGGAGCAUUUGGUGGGCGAAUUGAAGGAGCAGAACAUGUUCAUGGAAAGCUUCAUCGAACCUCUGUACUUGAGCAAGGAGUUGGAACGAUUGCAGCGGCGCGUAGAGCACCUGGAAAUGCGGAACACCAUGCUCGCAUUGACGCUGGACGAGUGCAAGGAGCACACGGAUCAUUUGUAUCUGCUAUGUGGGAAGUACGAGUCCAAUGCAGUGGCAUUGCAAGUAGCCCUCAACUGCAGCGAUCGCGCCAUAGAAGCCUAUGAUGUGAUGCUCGCUCUGCUAGAGAGCAAGCUGGCUCUUCUCAGCGAGAAAUCGGCAGCGGCAGAGGAAAGUCGGCGUUCGGUGGAAGCAGUAGCCAGACAUCUUUUAUCCCGCCUGGACAGGGAGAAGAACAUUUGCGAAAACAGCCUGGGACCCUGGCAACACAACAUCAAUCUGGGUGGGGAGGAGGUUUCAAAGAGCCUUCGUCCAUGGUGUUCCGACGACGAUAACCGACUGCGCUACCAUGUCUCGAAGCUAAAAGGACGUCGCUCCAAUGUGCAGCACACAGUUGUCAGCCUAGAGUCGCCCUUCAGCGAUGUGUAUGAGAAGAAACGUUUGGCCCUGGAGAAGGAGCACGAGUUGCGGGACGGAAGUAAGAAGUCUCCGAUCGAUCUGGAAACAGCAGUCAUCAUGCAGGAGUUGCUAGAGAUGCGGGAUGAGAACUUGCAGCUCAAAAGUAAAAUGGAUGAGGCGGAGCAAGAGCGACAGAAUGCCAACGAAAGGGUGGCCAUCCUCCAUGAUGCUCUGAAGCAACUGCAGGCCAGUAACAGGGUGUCAUACUCGGAGGCAGAGCACGCGGCUCUAACUGAGCAGCAAUUGGUAGAGGCCUUAACCCGCGAAUCGGAGCUAAAAAGUCGCAUCCAGGUUUUGCUGGCCAAUGUCGCCGCUUCCCAGAAGGCAUCCGACGAAAAGUACGAGCAACUGCAUCAAAACGUUCAAGAGCUGCAGACGUCGAACCACAACUUGGGACAAAUGCUGGAGCAUAGUAAGCACAAAUACCAAGUGCGUGUUAAGAAGCUGGAGCAGAAGAUCAUCGAUUUGCGGUUGGAACAUGACCAACGUCUCAAAAAUGUUCCUGAAACGACACUGUAGGUUAUGGAAGAACGGAUCGGCCAUUGCUGUGAACUUGGGAGUAGCUGGAAGUGGUGCGGGCGCGCUUGUCACAUAUCCCGCAAAAGUAUUUUCCUUCUAGAUCAUAUCGCUUUAUAUUUCCCUAUGCUAUGCCCACCGGAGAUGGAGGCACCUGACCAGCACCCUGCUUCACUUUUGGAUUCGAUGUUGGAAGAAACGACGACAGUAUCACGAAUGUGCCAUGCAACUAACAUGCAGUCGGGUGGGGCCUUGCCCCACAAAUCGGUCUGCACCCACUACAUAUACAUAUAAAUAUACAUAUUUGAGGUGCCAUGAGCAUGGCUCCAAUCUAUCAGGAUGUUCGUGGAAUUGGAUCUCGAGUCCUUUACCCGACGCCUCAAGCAAUUACAUAUACAUACGUACAUACGACUAGGCAAACUAAGAAGUUACUCACGACGCAUACACGGGAAUCCUAUAUUUAUACAAUGUAUUCGCAUUUUGCUUGUUAUAUGAAUUCAAUAUGUAUUUAAAAUUGUACAAAUAUAUAACAGACUAUGGAAUA